ACAUCAAAGCCCUGACCGCUCGAGCUGAGGCCACCGCCAUCGAUGGCCCUGAGGCGCCCCAUUAUGGAUGCGUGGUCACUUCAUCAGUCUCCCGAAGAAUCCGCUCUUGGUAUGGAACUGAGCCACCUAGAGGAGACACUUUGACACCUCGUGUAAUGGUGGAGAAUUGGGACAUCAACGAGGUUGUCCUUCAACAUCGACGGCCCCUACCUGUUGGCCGUUUCGGACCCGCUUCCAGAUCCCUUGAGACCCCAUACCUUGACUAUCCCCUCUGUAAAUCUGACCUAACGUGGAAAACCUAUGGACCCUCUUGGAAAACCUGCGUUCAUCACAACCCAGAGAUUGUGACUCCCCAUGGCAUACCUGACACUUAUAUAAUUGACUGGUCAAAAGACAGGGAUCUCCCUUUGCGCGGCUCCUCCCCGCCUUCAGGAUAUGGGCCAUACGACCACAAUAAUUCUGCUCCCGGGGGACUGCUAUCACUGGGGAGGAUGAGACACCCGGACUUAUGGAAAAUUGUUGCGGCCAUGAGAGAUGUUAAAGCUAAUUCAUCCCUUUUCCCUGGCUUCCCCACGGGCCCAUUGACAUUUCAAAUUCAGGCAUGUCUUUCCCCACCGUUUCUGUUUGUAGUGGGGGACGGAUCUGUAGUACCCGAGGCUAAGGCCAAUAGAACCCUUUACAAAAUAACUUGUGAGGAGUGUUAUCUCACCAACUGUUUGCCUUUACCCAGCGCCCCAAAUCCAACAAAGAAGGUUUUCCUAGCCAUGCAACCCCCUUAUCUAAUGAAGCCUGUAGAGGUGAGGGGGCCCUGGUAUAGAGAUUAUGGCUAUCAAUUUGCGCAAGAAUUGGAGGGCCUACUUAGCCGGGGACGACGUUUCCUAGGCCUCCUAAUAGCUGGCAUCACUGCCUUGGUGUCUUUGAUAGCAUCAGCUACUGUCUCCACGGUGGCACUGUCCCAGGGCAUACAUACUGCCGCUCAUGUAAAUAGCUUGGCUCAUAAUGUCUCCCAGACCCUUGCCACCCAGGGAAGCAUAGAUAGGAAGAUUUUGGCUCGCCUGGAUGGUUUAGAGCAGGCGGUCGAAUAUUUGGGCACCCAAUAUUCAUUGUUACAUACUCGUUUGUCCUUUGUGUGCCACGGAGGGUAUGGUUCCAUUUGUGUGACCCCCCUGAAAGCUGACAACGUCUCCUGGGAAACGGUGCAGAGGCACUUGCAAGGUAUCUGGCAUGAGACAAAUGUAAGCCUAGAUCUGUUUCAAUUGCAAGAACAAAUAAACAAUAUAGCCUCCUCCCAUCUGCAUGUAGUCACCCCCAGAGACAUGGCACAAUCCUUUCUACAAAAGCUACAGGGGUUUAACCCCUUUAAUAUCCUCCAACAUUCCUUCUGGAUUAUGUGUGCUCUGGUUGUAGGGGUAACCUUAUUACUCUGCUUAUGGUGUGCUUGGAGUCGCUGUCUGUUUGCUUUCAUGGCCAGUACCCAAGCAAAUGUACACAUGUUGCAUUUAAAGAUAAAAGGGGGAAAUGUCGGGAGCCAUGAGCAACAAAGGGGUUAAUCGGGUAGAGCAAAGGCUCCCUGAUCCCUUUGAACCAUGGCCACCUGACUGCCCCCAUACAAAAACAUGUUGUACUGGCUAGCUUGAGUUGUAUACAGGCCAAGAAAGCCACAGUGUUAUUGAUAAGCCCUGAAAAAUAGCACACCAGGCCCUUUGAAGGAUGGGAGGAGACUAUGUCCUUGAGGAACCUGGCCUUGGACCAAAAACUUGAGACGGAGCCAGGAGAGGGCAGGGAGAAAACUGUGGAACUUGUUUAUGUCCUACUGUUAUCUAACCUGAACUUAUAAAAAGUGUGUAAGUAAGAAUAAAGUUGUUGCUCGCGGCAUCCCCGUGGGCAACCCUCCUGUUCCCAUA